GCCAAUAGUUGAUCAAAGUGGGAAGUUUAAAUUCUGAAUGGCGGAAGGAGCCGGAAGAGUUGGAGUCAGAGCAGUGCACUGCGUCCCUAUGGCACAGUUUCUGUUUGAGAGUGAUUUGCACGGGCUAUUGAAACUUGAUGCCCCAAUACCAAAUGUGCCUCCUGCACGAUGGCAGCGUAAGGCCAAGGAUGCCGCUGCUCCCAGCACUGGAGCUGCCUCAGAUGCCAUAGCUCCUUCGCCUAUGAAACCAGCUAACAGGCCUCAUAGUACCAGCAAGACUCCUUCCAAAACACCAGGCAAGUCUGGUUCCAAAUCACAAAAUACUCCAAACAAAACUGGAGGUGAUCGAUACAUCCCUAAUCGUAGUGCUAUGCAAAUGGAUGUGGCCAAUUUUCUCUUAACCAAAGAGGAAUCCUCUGAGGAGACACCCACCAAGAAGGAGCAUCAGAAAGCCUGGGCAAUGAAUCUUAAUGGUUUUGAUGUAGAAGAGGCAAAAAUCCUGAGACUAAGUGGGAAACCUCAGAAUGCCCCUGAAGGAUACCAGAACAAUCUCAAAGUGCUCUAUAGCCAGAAGAGCACACCAGGCUCCACAAGGAAGGUAAACAGAUACAUAGCCUCUGUGUCGGAGCGGAUUCUAGAUGCCCCAGACAUUCGAAAUGAUUACUAUCUGAACUUAGUUGAUUGGAGCUCCCUCAACUUUUUGGCCGUGGCUCUGGAUAAAUCAGUAUAUCUAUGGAAUUAUGAUUCCAGAGAAAUAAUCCAGCUCAUGCAAAUGGAAAACCCUGAUGACUACAUCUCUUCUGUUUCAUGGAUCAGAGAAGGAAAUUACCUUGCAAUUGGCACAAGUAAUGCCGAGGUCCAGUUAUGGGACAUCCAGCAGAAAAAGCGUCUACGGAAUAUGGUCAGUCAUUCAUCCCGUGUGAGUUCUUUAAGUUGGAAUAACUACAUCCUGUCCAGCGGAUCACGGACUGGUCACAUACAUCAUCAUGAUGUCCGUGUGGCAGAACACCAUGUGGCAACACUUGCUGGCCAUACACAAGAAGUAUGUGGGCUAAAAUGGGCACCUGAUGGGCGUUACUUGGCCAGUGGAGGCAAUGACAAUCUUGUAAACAUAUGGUCUGUUGCUCAAGGGGACAGCUGGUCACCACGUCCUGUGCAAACUUUUACACAACAUCAGGGAGCUGUUAAGGCUGUGGCUUGGAGUCCAUGGCAAUCCAAUGUGCUGGCUACAGGAGGCGGAACAAGUGAUCGCCACAUAAGGAUCUGGAAUGUGUGCUCUGGGAGUUGCCUCAACACAGUAGAUGCACAGUCUCAGGUCUGUGCAGUACUAUGGUCUACAAACUAUAAAGAACUUGUGUCUGGUCACGGGUUUGCUCAAAACCAGCUGGUAGUGUGGAAAUACCCAUCUAUGUCAAAGGUUACUGAGUUGAAAGGUCACACUGCUAGGGUGCUAAGCUUAACUAUGAGCCCAGAUGGAACCACAGUUGCUUCAGCAGCAGCAGAUGAAACACUGAGGCUUUGGCGCUGCUUUGAGUUGGAUCCAGCACGUAAGAAGGAGAAAGAGAGCAGUACUAAAACCAGCAUUAUCCAUCAAGGAAUUCGCUGAGUUUCAUCCAACUCCCUUCCAAUCUAUUGCUUUAUGUACAGAAUUUUAAACUAUUAAUAAAUAUUUUGCUCUCCUUUAGAAAUAGUGGUAUAUGGAUUGAUAUAUGAAUCACAAAUGGUGUGAAUGACUUUAAUCGAUAUUGGCUGUUUGCUAGGACUUGGCUUGCAUACUAUUGUAAUAAAAAUAAACUAUCUAUUGAAGAAAAAUAAAGACCAGACUCUCCUCCUGAUACAACCAAUAAUUUUCCUUCUCUAAAUCACUCUGGCAGCUUUAUUACUAGGAAAACUGUCUUUGGUUUGGUCUUUUCUUGACUUUUGAGGAACAAUUUAGCUUCCCUCUUCCACCCCUCUUGAGUUGUGGGACAGAUCACUGUAGGUUUCAGAAUUGAGAGUUAAUCUGAAAUAUUAGUUUGGGAUUUGAAGUAUGUUUUCAAGUUAUAAUUGAAGCUGGUACCCUCAUGCACCUGAUGCAAAACCCGCAUACUAUGUAGGAUGAUUGUGAUGGUUUAUCAACCUCCAGAUGCAACAUCCUGUUACGGACCAAUAGUUUUAUUGGGAAAUAUGUAACUAGUAAUUUUGCUUGCAAACUAUUGUUGCCUUACCAAACAGAUAGAUAUUGCAAAUUUACUUAGCUGAGCCCGGUGAUUUUACUGAACUUUGUGUUCUGAUAUUUAAGACUGCUUUUCCAAAACUAUUCAGCAGUUAUGGAAUAGUUUAUCCUGAGAGUUAAUCCUUCUGCUUCUUUGUUAUUUCUUGCACUUCUUUUAAAGGCAUUCCAAUAUCCCAAAUGCUGGUGAGUGAAUUUGGCCUACUGUGGGUUUUUUUACCUCAAUCAAAUCACCUGUAAUCCGAACAGUCCUACAAAUGAUUUUAUUGCCUUCUGAUUGAGUGGAAGUUGUGAAAAGCCAAGCCUAAUCAAGAUCAAUGUUAGCCUCAGCUCAUCUUUGCCAAGCACUGGCACUUUUCCAUGAUUCUUGGGUAUUACGAAAAAAAUGAUGAAAAUGAUCUGUUCUAAGUAAUCAAAAUGACAGUGGAGGUUAUUAGACAAUUGCCAUUUUAGCAGAUAAAAACUAUAGUUAACUAUUUUGACAAUUGGUUGGGAGUCGGCCAGUGUACAAAUUUAAUAAAUAAAACGAUGCAGUAAGAUAAUUCAUAUUACAUGAAUAAAAUACAUUUUAAUAUUCAGGAGUUGGUCCAUCAUUAGGGCAAAUAAAGCAUUAAUAUUCAGGCUUAGUUUGAAGUGUAGCCUACUACAGUUAUAUUAUGAAAUCUAUCCAUAGUUGUAACUAAGUGAAGUUGCUUGUGCCCAAGAAGAUGUAAACACUUCUCUUCCCAUAUGUGAUAGAGUUCUCUUUUGGAUUUCAUACAGGUAGUCCUUGAUUUAAGAUUGAAAAUACAACGGGCCUAGAAUGGGUUCUUUACAGCCUGUUAAGCAUGUCUCCCCAUCAUAAAAUAUGCCAUAUACAGCCUUAAAGUCACAUGACUCUUUUCAUAAGACAUAUAUGAUCACAAUCGUGAUCACAGUUUGCUAAUAUUUCCUGCAAAAACGUUUAGAGGAAUAGGUCCACUUGACUACACUGUUCACUUAACGAUUUGUAUACUGACAGUGAUUUACUUAAUGAUCACAAAAAUGUAAAAUUGGGUACAGUCACGGGGUGCCUUCACCUACAAUAUGACAAUUCAUGACCAUAAAUCAAUCCCAAUUGCACUUGUAAGUCAAGGAUUAUCUGAAUGUCUACACCAGGCUGUAGCAAGCUAAUGGAGAUUAUAUUGAAGCCUUAUUAACUACCGGUAGUCUAAGCAAACAAUUCUGAUACCUACUCAUUCAGAAAACUGCAGAUAAUCACUCAAAAUUUAGAGCAGUUAACUAUAUCCUAUUUAGAAGGCACAUGGCUAUUCAAAAAUGCACCACAUCAGAAAGAUACUAGGGUAAUAUGAAUGUUAUGUGACUGAAAAGUACUAAAACCAGCACUUGUAAAAACGCUGAAAAAAAAUAACUCCAUAAAGGUUUGUUCAUUAGAUUUCAUGCGAACCAAUGAUUCGUAGGACAGAAAUUUACUUCAGGUUUACAAAAAAGAGCAUUAUAGAAUGGGUCUAAUUUGGUAUCCCAAAUACUGUCUAAUUUGGGAACAGUAUCACAUUGAUUUUUCAUCACCCUUGCAUGAUUAUCAUCAAAUAUAAGUACAGCAAAAAAUGUUGAGAGCAGGCACACAUAUAGGAGAACAAACAAGUAUCUUUUACUUUUUUCCAAAUUGUACCCCUAAGUAUCCCCUACAUUGUAAAAGCUUCUCAGUCAAACAUGGUAUCAGUUUUAAAGGUUGCCAUUAGCGUUGGUUUAGGAUUUCUCAGACACAGGUUGGGAAACAGUACACAGCAGGAUAAUCAGCGGUGGAAAGGUAAAUAGUGUUACAAAACCUAUUUCAAACUAACAAUGAACUUAGCUUAAAGGCUUUUAAACAAGAUUGCCUUAUUUCAGAAUGGCCAGUGAAUGUAUCAAAAUAUUCUGGGUUAUACAAAUCUCUCCAAUAGUAUAUACAUGUUUAUGUUUAGAUUAUGUUUAUGGCACAUAAUCUAGAGUCUGGGUUAGUCUACCCCUAGCAUUGAGGUAGAGAGACCAAUACAAGUUUAUUCUAACAACAUAAAAGGUAUUCUUAGUGCCUUAGCUUUUUAUAUUUGCCAAUAUAUCCUUGCUUUCAUAUUUUGGCACUCUGAAUUUAGGAUGCAAUACAGAUCUAAGAUCUGCUACUAAGAUUACUUUUCCAAUUCAUUCUAUUGCAGAAUUAUUUUGCACGCCCCACACACAGUAUUUGUAGCUUUUCCACUUAUCACACUCAACCAGACCAUAGGCAAUAGCACCAAGGACUACAGGUCUUUUCAAGCCCAGGAGGAUAAUGCCCAGCAGCUGGAGCUUCAACAAGAUUCUAAACCAGUGCAAAAAGGAAAGCAUCUGAAGGAAUGUCCAUAUAAGAAGAGAAAGAAACUAACACUGUCCUGCCUGGAAUAGCAGACAGGACAAGCAGGAGUCAAGGACUUAAAUGCUGUAUUAAACUUUGAAGGAAGGUAUUCUAUGGACCAGAAAACUAGUAAAAUUUGAAUUCCUGUGUUCUUGAGCAGAAAUAAUCUGAUGCUUGACACCAUGCACUGUAGAUGAGCCAGAACAUAGCCACCACUCUAUUGCAACGGUUCACAGGACUUUGAUUUCAGUUUUUCAGCUCCUCUCAUCUAGUAAACCAACUUUAAGUAAGAUACCAAUUCACUGCAAGAAGCAGUAGUCAUUGGAACUGAAAAACAAUACUAACAUACUACUUACAGUAAAGUUGUUCUUUUCGCACAUCAGGCCCAACCAAACAAUCAUCAAGGCCUUGAAAUCAAGAACAGAAUGACUAUUCUCUUUCUAUCCAUUUAUUUCUGUGAAUACAAAUGGAAAAUUCAGGAGGGAUAUACCUCCUCUUGAGAAGUCCUCCCCAAAUUUAGAUAAUAGGGAGCCUCUGUUCUUCGGGAAAGAUUCAAUAAUGUUUUAAAAG